GGAAGAUGGGCGUGUGCUUAAGAGCUCCGGGCCUCUCUUCAAUUUCCGUUCGGUCUUCUCGUCGCCUGCUUGCUUGUUAACCGCAACAAUGGGCAUCGGCGAAGACCUUCUGGCCAAGGUCACGGUGACCAACGUGAUCUUAGGUCUGCUGGCCUAUGUCAUCCUUCAAUUCGUGCGCCAGAUCGUCCAUUACCACUUUUUCCAUCCGUUAUCCAAAUUCCCAGGGCCGUUCUGGGGCGGGGUGACCCGACUCUGGAUCGCAUGGCAUAACUUGCGAUCGACCGAAUUACAGACGGUCUAUGAUCUGACGAAAAAAUAUGGCCCCGUAGUACGAAUCACACCCACCCUUCUGCUGGUCAGCGAUCCCAAGAAGCUUCCGGAUAUCUACCAUCGCAAUGCCGACAAAACAGGUCACUAUAUUACCGGGUCCUUUGGCGAAACCGAGUCAUUAUUUAAUAUGCGCUCGCACAAGACGCACGCGGCGUUUCGAAAGCACGUCGCGGGUCCGUACAGUUUCACCAGCAUCAAGAGAAUGGAACCGUUGCUUGACGCCCACAUUGAUCAUUGGCUGCAGAAGAUUGACGAAAGGUACGCCCGCACGGGGGCCGCCUUCGACUUCUCAUGGUGGGCCGUCUACAUGGCAUACGACAUCAUCAGCGAGGUUGGCUUUGGAGCGCCCUUCGGCUUUGUCGAGCAGGGACAAGAUGUUGGUGGGCUGGUCCAAGGAUUCCAUGAUGGACUGCCGGCGUUUGGGUUCCUGGCGCGCCUCCAUCCCUUCACCAGCUGGAUGAAGACGACCUUCAUGAAAAAGUACCUGGUUGCGACUCCCGAAGACGACUCGGGCAUUGGCGUCCUCAUGCGCUUCCGCGACCGACUCAUCGACCAACGGUUGCGUGACAUUGAGCAGAAAAAGGAUAUCGGCCGUGUCGAUCUGCUACAGACCUUCCUGGAGGCCCGGACUGAGGAGGGUAAGCCCCUGGACAUGGAGUAUAUCCGGGCGGAGGUUCUACUUGUCUUGCUGGCGGGGGCCGAUACGACAGGCACAGUCUUCCAGGCCCUGGUGCACAAUCUCCUGACACACCCAGAGGUAUAUGAAAGGAUGAUAGCAGAGAUCGACGAUGCUGCCCAAAAGGGCCUUAUCAGCACCAUGCCUCAGUACAACGAAAUCGUCGAUCACCUGCCCUACUAUGUUGCGUGUGUGCGCGAGACUCUGCGCACCAACCCGCCUGCUCCAAAUAUCUUCCCUCGGUAUGUGUCGGAACCCGGCAUCGAACUGUACGGUCAGUUCGCGCCCGCAGGAACUGAAAUCUCCGCCAAUCCGUGGAUUGUCCAGCGGGAUCCGGGGGUUUUCGGAGAUGAUGCGAACGAGUUCUGUCCUGAAAGAUGGUUGGAUCCAGAGCGGGCAAAGGUGUUGAACAAGUAUAUCUUCACCUUCGGGUACGGGACCCGGGUGUGUUUAGGCAAGGAUAUCGCCAUGAUGGAGCUAUUCAAGGGCCCCUUGCAGCUCUUCCGCCAUUACAAGCUUCAAGUUGUCCCAGACAAGCCCUCCGCCCGGUUCGUGAUCAAGGGAGGCGUUGGUUUCUGGCGGGAUAUGUGGAUGACAAUCAAGAAGCGGCCGGCAGCAGAGGCGAUCUAAUUGGCAACUAUGCAGUCAGUCUAUAGACUGUCUCUUUCCUCUGAGGGGGAACCUAUUGUACUCGAUCAAGGUCAUGAGCAUCAAUUUUGUAGUCACCCAGUCGUAGGCCGCCGUUGCACCAGGCUCCGCGUCUGGUCUUGUCGAGGCAGUGACAGCGUCCAAGGCCUUGGAAGAGGAAUUGGCAUCCCGGCCUGGGUCCCUUCGCCUGAG